AUCAAGCAAAAUUUCCCAAACCAUCGCGCCGUACUCGUCCCAGCCAGAUCCACCAUCAUGCCUGUAAGUAGGUCUCUCGAAGUCUUGUACGCAUUUUUAUAUGACCUUCGGUUGACAGCCCAAUCAAUAAAAAGCUUAUUAUCUUGACCGGCUAUCCCUGUUCUGGUCUCACGUACCGUGGGAAGCAACUGGCAUCUCUGUUGGAGGCUUCCCAAGAUGAAUUCCUUGCUUCUACAGCAAAUGCCGCAUCAAAACUCCGGUACAAAAUUCACCUAGUGCCCACACAUGAUUCGUCACAUCCACGGACGGUCUAUGAUAAUGCCCGAACGGAGAAGGAGGCGCGUGGCGUCGCUUAUGCACGGGCAAAGCGUGCGCUGGGCCGGGACAGCAUCGUGAUUCUCGAUGGAAUGAACUAUAUCAAGGGUUGGAGGUAUCAGCUAUGGUGUGAGGCCAAAGCUGCAGGGACAACUUGCUGCGUGGUACAUGUUGGCACUCCGAUCGACCAAUGCGUCGCAAACAACGAAGCCCGUUUACAACGUCGGAACAGAGAAGAGCAGGCACAACAAAAUACGAGGGAAGGAGAUCCAAAUAAUAGAUGUGCCUCAUCGCCGGAGGCCACAACAUCAGCGAAUGCUGCGAUCUGCGAGCGGAAAGAGGAGGAUAACGAAGAACCGUACCCUCCCGAACUGCUCAAUAACCUAAUAUUUCGCUACGAAGAACCAAGCACCCACAGCCGCUGGGAUAAGCCUCUUUUCACGGUUCCCUGGUCCGAUGCAGAACCUCCCACCGCGGACAUCUGGACCGCGCUCACUGGAACAAGCCUUCCUUCAGCGUCCACUGCUCCGGCACAGACACCGGUAUCGAACCUCACCGCCUCCCUAGCAUCUACAACGCUUUCCAGUACUGCCAGUAUAGCUACUAGAGGGACAUCGACCACCCAGAAAGGCACCCUUUCAAGACCAAGGGUCAAACAGCACCAAGCCACCAUUCAAGCUCCAGCCUCGGAUCCAACCGCACUAUACAGUAUAGAGAAACGUACAUCGGCCAUCGUCUCCGCGAUUCGCAACUUCACGCUUUCGAAUCCGUCCGCUGAGGCAGCGCUUGCGCAAAGUCCCAGUCCUGAUCGGAUCACAAUUCCUGUCCCAGAGGCCUCGGAGGUGGUUGUUAUCCCCGCUGAUAUCGCCGUUAGCGGAACUACAGACGAGCUGGCAGGAGCUGGAGGGAUCUUGGCACUCCCGCGUCUGCAGCGUUUGAGACGGCAAUGGAUAGGGCUGAACAGGGCAUAUGUGGGUCACAAUAGAGCAGGUCCGGGAUUGCUCACGUUGGAUCAGGUAGGGGAUGCAUUUGUGAGGUUUCUUAAUGCCGAUUUUGCAGGUGAGCAUUAGUGUAUACGUGAUGUAUAGCAUAUGAGAACAAUGUGGAGUUCAAUUUGUUAUGCUACAAUUUGGUAUCGAAUACGCGAC